AUGUACAGCCAACAGCCAGACCAGUACGAAGCUCCUGAUAAGGACUUUAUGAUCGUGGCCCUGGACCUCCUCAGUGGUCUGGCUGAGGGCCUGGGGGGCCACGUUGAUCAGCUGGUGUCCCGGAGCAACAUCAUGACACUACUGUUUCAGUGCAUGCAGGACACCAUGCCAGAGGUGAGACAGAGCUCCUUCGCCCUGCUGGGUGAUCUGACCAAGGCCUGCUUCCCUCACGUCAAACCCUGCAUCGCUGAGUUCAUGCCUAUUCUAGGGACCAACCUGAACCCAGAGUUCAUCUCUGUGUGUAACAAUGCUACCUGGGCCAUUGGAGAGAUCUGCAUGCAGAUGGGUGUAGAGAUGCAGCCCUAUGUGUCUCUGGUUCUGAACCAGCUGGUAGAGAUCAUCAACAGACCCAACACACCCAAGACCUUGCUGGAGAACACUGCCAUUACGAUUGGUCGCCUGGGCUACGUGUGUCCUCAGGAGGUGGCUCCGAUGCUCCAGCAGUUCAUCAGACCGUGGUGUACGUCCCUACGGAACAUCCGUGACAACGAGGAGAAAGACUCCGCCUUCAGAGGGAUCUGCAUGAUGAUUGGUGUAAACCCUGGGGGAGUGGUCCAGGACUUCAUCUUCUUCUGUGAUGCCGUGGCGUCCUGGGUCAGCCCUAAAGACGACCUGAGAGACAUGUUCUACAAGAUCCUCCAUGGUUUUAAGGACCAGGUAGGAGAGGAGAACUGGCAGCAGUUCUCAGAACAGUUUCCCCCCCAGCUGAAGGAGAGACUGUCUGCCUGCUACGGCGUGUAGAAACCCCCCCUAACCUAACAUCAGGUGAGCCAGUAGUAGAGGAAGAAGGUGAAAAGGAAUCUCAUCCAUCUGUGUUAAUGCCCUGAACUGAUCUAGGGGGGAGGGGGAGAGGGACCCAUCACGCCAUUGGCCGCUCCCCCUGACAGACGGCCCCCACGCCCUAUGUAUUUCUCCAUAGCGGGAGGGUGGGCGGGACUUGGGGAGGGACAGGGGGACACCUCUAGAUUAAAGAUUAAGGGGACCCAACCAACACAGAGAAACCAACUAAGGUAGGGACAGAGAGAGGGGGGUACCUACAUUCAGAAGGAAAAGGUUCCAACGCAGAAACAGGUAGGGACAGAUAGAGAAUGAAGAGUGAGGGAAAGAGAGGUAGGUAGGGGCCAGCUAGACUACAGUAGAGAGGGGUAGGUAGGGGCCAGCUAGACUACAGUAGAGGGGUAGGUAGGGGCCAGCUAGACUACAGUAUAGAGAGGUAGGUAGGGGCCAGCUAGACUACAGUAGAGAGAGGUAGGUAGGGGCCAGCUAGACUGCAGUAGAGAGAGGUAGGUAGGGGCCAGCUAGACUGCGGUAGAGAGGGGUAGGUAGGGGCCAGCUAGACUGCAGUAGAGGGGUAGGUAGGGGCUAGCUAGACUGCAGUAGAGGGGUAGGUAGGGGCCAGCUAGACUGCAGUAGAGAGGGGUAGGUAGGGGCCAGCUAGACUGCAGUAGAGAGGGGUAGGUAGGGGCCAGCUAGACUGCAGUAGAGAGGGGUAGGUAGGGGCCAGCUAGACUGCAGUAGAGAGGGGUAGGUAGGGGCCAGCUAGACUGCAGUAGGUAGGGGCCCAGCUAGACUGCAGUAGAGUGGGGUAGGUAGGGGCCAGCUAGACUGCAGUAGAGAGGGGUAGGUAGGGGCCAGCUAGACUACAGUAGAGAGGGGUAGGUAGAGAGGCCAGCUAGACUGCAGUAGAGAGAGGUAGGUAGGGGCCAGCUAGACUGCAGUAGAGGGGUAGGUAGGGGCCAGCUAGACUACAGUAGAGAGGGGUAGGUAGGGGCCAGCUAGACUACAGUAGAGUGAGGUAGGUAGGGGCCAGCUAGACUGCAGUAGAGAGGUAGGUAGGGGCCAGCUAGACUGCAGUAGAGAGGUAGGUAGGGGCCAGCUAGACGACAGAAGAGAGAGGUAGGUAGAGGCCAGCUAGACUAUAGUAGAGAGAGGUAGGUAGGGGCCAGCUAGACUAUAGUAGAGAGAGGUAGGUAGAGGCCAGGUAGAGGCCAGCUAGACUACAGUAGAGGGAAAGAGACUUAACAGAUUUAAAUCAGAAAAAAUCCACCACACAGAGAGCCAUAGACAGAGAGACUGACAGGCACUCCCACAGUAAGACACGCACACUUGCAAUACCUAGAGCUUUGUGUAGAUGGCGCUGUUACACUAGUCAGACUCCGACACUACCAGUAAGGGAUUAACAGUCAGUGAGGGACAGACAGCGUGUUGGGGACAGACAGGGUGUUGGGGACAGACAGGUAGGUGUCUAGCCUCUGUUUAUUUCUGGGAGAUAGCUGUUUUUUUCCGGGGUAAAGGAUCUUCUAUAUGAAUUAAUAUUCCUCCUGUUAUUACUCGAUCACUGGUUCACUGCUGAUCUCUCCUCCACCAAGCAUGUUUUGGUUUCUGUCCUUUUCCCUAAGGAAUGCUUUCUUCCAUAUAAAUAUCAUGAGAUAAUUCUCAUGUUCUCUUCUAGAUAGACAGGGGAUAACUAACCUCUUGGUUCAUACGAGUCAUCAUUAUAAGAGGAAUAGGGCUUUAAUAAUACCUGUUAUUCUUACAUAAAGUUAGGAAACUACAGAUCACAGCCUCUCGUCUCUAGUUGUACCUGUUUGUGUGUCGUGUCUGCGUUUGUUUACCUAUUUGUUUACCGUACGUGACACUGUUGAUUGUUUUAAUAAGGUAACGAUUUAACACUUGACUCCUCCCACCCUAUUGUCCUCCGCCUGUAAACUGUGACCAACUGUGUGUGUGUGUGUGUUGCCAUAGUGAUGUCUGGAGGAAAGAGAUUGAACCCAGAACUGUUUAUCCUGAUAACGUGUUACAAGAGGUCCAUAUUUUGUUGCUUUUUGUUUAUUAUUUUUUUCAUUUGCUGCUGCUGUUUUUUUUAGUUUCCAUGGUGAGCUUAAAUGAACACAAACAACACAUUUGUUUAUUUUUAGUUUUGUGGUUUUGCACUUUUAAUUUUUUAAUUUUUGUAUUAAGGAUUUUUUUUUAAACUUCCCUCAUAAAGGACAUCUGAAUUCUAC